AUGUCAACAAGUGGUCAGAGGCAGCUAGAUAGCCAACAAAAUCCUGUCAUGUCAUGCUCUGUGCACACUGCUGAGGAGUUGCUGUCAGAGGAGGACAUACAUUUGUUGCUUUAUAUAAGUUUGGUUUGUUCUCACCUGAUUAGCUACUUUGUAUCUACUACUGGUUCUGAUCAGAUGCACCUGCAGUUCAACUGUUCUAAUCAGAGCAGCCCGCCUGAUGCUACUGCAGGUAAUUCCAAAGUGGACAGGCAUAUUUCUUGCAGAGAGUACUAUGCGUAUAAGAUUCAGAGCCGGCAUAAUAACAUGCUUCUUAGAGCUGGGAGAUGUUUUCAACAAUACAUUGAGGACAUGUAUGUUAAAAUUGAGAACACCCGCCUUAAUUUUUUCCGCAAAAACCAAGCGACUAUAAGGGAAGACCUUUAUCAAGGAAUUUUGGAUAUUGUGGGUAGUGGGGAAAACAACGCAGGCAAUGUAGGUCAUCGGGUUGUGUUGCCCCCAAGUUUCCUCGGAGGACCUCGAGACAUGAAAAGGAGAUAUUUGAACGCAAUGUCGCUCGUGCAACGAUAUGGGAAGACCGAUUUGUUCAUCACAAUGACCUUCAAUGUUAAUUGGCCUGAAAUCAAGCAAGAUUUGGUUCCUGGAGAAGAGGCCCAGAACCAGCCGGAUCUGGUUGCCAGGAUUUUUCGUGCCAAGUUACUCGCCCUGAAAAAGCAUAUUAUGGAGAAACAUGUUUUUGCCGAGAUCAACUCCCCUGCUGACUUUGACAAGUUUGUUUGUGCUAAGGUGCCUCCCCCCAGUGAGCCUCGCCUAAGAAAGAUAAUUCUCAAGCAUAUGAUGCAUGGCCCUUGUGGACCUUUAAAUCCUCAAUGUCCUUGCAUGAAACGGAAAGGGAAAACAAGCGGCUGUAAGUAUGGGUAUCCAAAAAGUUUCUCAACUGAAACAACAAAUAAUUCUGACGGUUUUCCGAUGUACAGAAGAUGGGACACUGGUGAAGCCUUUCCCGUUCGUAAGGCUACUUUGGAUAAUAGAUGGGUUAUACCAUAUAACCCGUACCUCUCUUCCCUCUUUGACUGCCAUAUAAAUGUGGAGGCAUGCUCUUCUAUUCAAGUAGUCAAAUAUUUGUACAAGUACGUCUACAAAGGCCAUGAUAGGGUAAUGUUCAAUGUUGUGCAGGACGGUGCAAAUGCGGUUAUUGAUGAGAUAGAGCAGUACCAAUCAGGAAGGUGGGUUUCACAAUGUGAAUCUGCAUGGAGGAUAUUUGCCUUUGAUCUCUGUGACAUGCAUCCUUCUAUGUUGCCAAUUCAAGUGCAUUUUCCUAACAUGCAGACGAUUCAGGUCAGGCCUCACGAACAGCUUGACGCGGUGAUAGCAGACAAAAAACGGUGGGACGCUUCUACCAAAAAGUGGUUCAAGCGGAAAAACAAGGUGGUGCAGAUUGGUAGACUGGCAUUUGUGGCCUCGGCUGAAGGAGAGCGCUACUGCCUGAGGCUUUUGCUUAUCCAUGUGCCUGACCCCAAGUCUUUUGUAUAUCUCUUAGCAGUUGAUGGGUAUAGGUGCGCGAUAUUUCAAGAAGCGGCCCUUAAAUUGAAGUUGCUUGAAGAAGAUAGUGCAGUAGAUCUUUGUCUAGCUGAAGCGUGUGAAGUACAGAUGCCUGUUGCCUUGCGCCGCCUAUUCUCAACUGUCCUGCUUUUUUGCCAGCCAAGGGACCCAGUUGCAAUGUGGGAUAAAUACUAUACUGCCCUUUCUGAAGAUUUCAGGCACCAAUUCCCACACUUAGAAGAUAAAGUCAAGCACCUGACGGUUAGGUCAGUCGAACAGUCCUUAGAGGCGAUGGGCCAAUCGUUUGCAGCUUUUGGUUUGGAUCACUUGAUUGACUCUAAGGACGCCGAGUUCAGAAGAACAAAGGACAUCAUCGAUGCACUUGAUGCCACAAUACCUCAAGAGCGCAUUAACUGCCGCGAUAAGCUAAACCCCGCUCAACAAGAAGCUUUUGAUAGUAUUAUUCACCAUGUCAAACAAAAUAGGCCUGGUGCAUUCUUCAUAGACGGGCCUGGUGGUACAGGGAAGACCUUUUUAUACAAUGCACUAUAUGCAGAGGUCUGUAUGAUGAAGAAAAUUGUCCUGCCAACUGCAACAUCAGGAAUUUUCGCGUCUAAUAUACCUUCUGGAAGGACUUCACACUCUCUCUUUAAAAUCCCAAUCGAUUCAGAGGCUUCCCUGGCUUGCGAUCAAGGUAGCCUUGCUACAUUGAUCAAAGAAGCCACUCUUAUCAUCUGGGAUGAGGCUUCAAUGGAAAAAAAGGAAAAUGUUGAGUCCCUGGAUAUGUUACUUCGAGACUUGUGCGAUCCGAGUCUCAUCUUCGGUGGUAAGCUCGUUGUCCUUGGUGGAGACUUCCGACAAGUGUUGCCAGUUGUGCCACGGAAAACACAGAGAGAAGUAGUAGUAGCUAGCUUAGUGAACUCUGCCCUUUGGCCACAACUUACUAAGUUCCGGCUCACUGAGAACAUCCGGGCGAGAGAGGAUCCACACUUUUCUUCAUUCUUACUUUCCCUUGGGAAUGGGGAGUUGCAGACCGUGGAAGAUGGAGUCGUGUGCUUGCCUGAUCAAGUACUGAAACCUUUUGAGGACGGUGAAGACCCGAUCACAGAUCUGACAAUAGUUGUGUUCCAUGAGCUCGAUUUACAUAGCUUCAGCUCAGAUGUUUUUACAACAAGGGCUAUACUAACCUCGUUCAAUGAGGAUGUUGAUUCCAUUAACACAACCCUAAUAAAGAAAUUCCCCGGACAGCAUGUUGUUUACAGGAUUUUGAUACAAUGUUGGAUGAUAACUUUGUUCGGAUUGCUGGCCGUGUUGACUGCAUAUAUCCGUCAAAGGCAGCAGGGUGGUGUUUCAUUUUCGUUCCAGUUCGAGCUUUUGUAUCUGUCAUACAUGCAACUAGAGCUCCUGCUACAAGGCUUGCCCCCUGAUUACUCUUAUACCAUUUUUUGCAUCAUGUUCAGUUGCAAUGGCAGUCCAUCCCAGUCUAAGGUGUGA